CCUUGAAGACCGUAUCCUUGAAGACCGUAUCCUUGAAGACCGUAUCCUUGCCUGGGGUCAUAAAUACAAGUCGAAUAAGACCUGGAUGCCCCUUUUUAACUGCUGAGAAGGCUUUAUUUACAACGACGAAGACUGAGUGCUGAGAGAGAGAAAGUGUGUGUGUAUAUGGAACGUAUAUACAAGAAAAGAGAGGGAACCGGCAAUGGGAUAAGAAAAAUUUCUCUGACGUCAACCAGAUCUGCGCCGGAGCAUUAAGAGCAUCAAGAGCAUCAAGAGCACCAGGAUCAAUCGCGACACUUACUAUUUUUGUUCUCAACCUACUCUUCAUAAUGUCAAAGACCGAUCCGCUCAGUCUCCUCCGCGAAUUCACAGUGUCGAAGAAGCCAAUCACUCUCGUCAACGCCAACGGCAAUCUCGUUACAGAGCUCACCGACGCCACCGAUGUCGUCUUUGCAGAUGACAAGCAGAAUUUCACGUUCCCCAGAGGCACUCCAACCAACUACAAGAAAAACGCCUCGGAUGAAACAUACACGCUCGAAACCCUGCUCUUCCUGCUCCAGAGGGCGCACCAGAGCGUAGCAGAAUACUCCUUGGAAGGAGCGCAAAAAGCCAUUCCGAUCGUUUCGAUUCUAGACAAGAGAGGAGUGCUUGAAUAUCUUACAGGAGCAGCGGCGACUUCGGCACAAAUCAUAUACCAAGUCUCAGAAACGAAUAAACGAUCGGGAGACGAUGUAGUCGACGAUCAGCAGGACGACCCGUCAAAGAGACAAAAAACAUCAAUUCAACCUGGGCAUGGCGAUGAAAAUGAGAUCCUACGACUGAUCAUCUCAAAGGAGAGGCUGGCUAGGACAACAGCAAGCGUGCUUCGAGGCAACAAGUCAUUUGCGAAUAUUCAAAAGUUGGGAGCAGCGAUUCUAUUGAAGAGUAAAUCGAAGGAUGGCAAAUCAACAGCCGCGAAACCAGACUCAAGGCAGCCAGGAGCUGUAGUCGCUACAUCCGCUUUAUCGUCACGACCAGGAUCAGCGCCAAAUGCUUCCACCCCGCGAUCUGCGACGAGUUCUUCACAAAGCAAAUCCAAAUCUUCGUCCUCUCGUAUUCCUAUUAUUAUUAUUCCCGCUGCCGUUACUUCCAUGCUCACGAUGUACAACAUUAAGCAGUUCUUGGAAGAUCAAAUAUUUAUGGAUAGUCAGGAAAUUCGCAGUAAGGGAGAUGCUAAGCCAACAAGAUUGACGAUCGAGCGCCGCCAAAAAGCUAAUGAGACGCACAAGACGCCCUAUCAUGUCAUCGACAGCGCAGAUCACUUGAGACCAGAGGAUUGGGAUCGUGUCAUUUGUGUCUUCACAACAGGCGCGGAAUGGCAGUUCAAGAAAUGGAAGUGGCAAAAGCCUGUGGAACUGUUCGCACAUGUCAAGGGAUUCUAUGUCAAGUGGGCGGACGAGCAGCCUAAGGAUAGUAUCAAGUCGUGGAAUGUUGAGGUUUUGAGUUUGAACCGUCAUCGUCGGCAUGCGGAUAGGGCGGUAGUGACAGAGUUCUGGGACAGGUUGCAGGGAUGGUGCCUAGCGAACAAGCCCUAUUUGGCUUAUUAGAAGAGGCGCAAAAACUUCCAGCACAUCAAAAGGACCUGCAUAAUAAACAGAGAUGUACAAUGGC